AGUGUUCCGGCGCGGAGGGCGUGGUCUUGUGAUGCAUUGCGGCUCAGUUGCUCUAGCCAGUGAAACGUAUGCCCAGUUAAUGUGAGGAGUUGCCUGUGGUCCCCGUGUCCAGUCCACACACCAUGCUGAAAUGAAAUGAAAUGAUACGGCACGCCACCACCAGGCAUUCCGCAAGUCGAGAAUGGAGGCGAAAGGGAUCACCAAAUUAUGCACCACUGCACGGGAGUACAGCCGUCUAUUCUUUUAACGCAGUCGUAUAGUUUUUUCCAGCAUGUAUGGGGUAAAACAGAGGUGAGUUGGGGCUGUUGAUUGCCCUCUCACUGUUUUAGAAACUGCGCACUCUCGCCUCCUUGACGGCUGGGAAGCGCACCACUCGCGGGUCUAGACUGCUCCAUUUUUCCUCUGCGAAACAAUAAUACACGGAAACAUCAUGACAACGGGACAAGACGAGAGCUCGGUUCGCGUGGCCCUACGGAUUCGUCCACAGCUGCCCCGAGAGAAGAUCGAGGGGUGUCACAUCUGCACGUUCGUGAGCCCGGGAGAGCCCAUGGUCAUGCUGGGAAAGGAUAAGGCCUUCACAUACGACUAUGUGUUCGACAUGGACUCCCAACAGGACAACAUCUAUGGCAACUGCACCGAGAAGCUGAUUGAGGGCUGCUUCGAGGGCUACAAUGCCACCAUAUUUGCCUAUGGACAGACGGGCUCUGGGAAGACGUACACCAUGGGCACGGGCUUCGAUGUCAACAUCAUGGACGAGGAGAAGGGCAUCAUCCCACGGGCAGUCACCCACCUCUUCCAGGGCGUGGAGCAGAGGAAGCAGGCCGCUGUCGAGCAGGGACGCCCUGUGCCUGAGUUCAAGAUCAACGCCCAGUUCUUGGAGCUGUACAAUGAAGAGGUGCUGGAUCUCUUUGACUCAACACGGGACAUGGAGGCACGGAAGCAGAAGUCUCACAUUAAGAUCCACGAAGAUGCCAAUGGGGGGAUCUACACGGUGGGGGUGACCACGAGGACCGUCUCGUCCGAAGCUGAGAUGUUGCAGUGUCUGAAGCUGGGCGCCCUCUGCCGCAGCACGGCCAGCACCCAGAUGAACGUCCAGAGUUCCCGCUCCCACGCCAUCUUCACCAUCCACUUGUGCCAAGUGCGCGUCUGCACCGGUGACAAUCAAGGUGAUGAGACGGACAAUCGCCUGGCAGAGGGCUCGUCUGAGAUGGAUGAGUUUGAGACCCUCACAGCCAAGUUUCACUUCGUGGACCUGGCCGGUUCUGAGCGCCUGAAGCGGACCGGAGCCACGGGGGACCGAGCCAAAGAGGGCAUCUCCAUCAACUGUGGCCUGCUGGCUUUAGGAAAUGUCAUCAGCGCUUUGGGAGAUAGAAGCAAAAGAACGACCCACGUGCCUUACAGGGACUCCAAACUCACACGCCUCCUGCAGGACUCUCUGGGAGGAAACAGCCAGACGGUGAUGAUCGCCUGCAUCAGCCCGUCCGACCGCGACUUCAUGGAGACUCUGAACACCCUCAAGUACGCCAACCGGGCCAGGAACAUCAAGAACAAGGUGACGGUCAACCAGGACAAGGCCAGCCAGCAGAUCAGUGCCCUGAGGACGGAGAUCGCCAGACUGCAGAUCGAGCUCAUGGAGUACAGGACGGGGAAGCGUCUGGUGGGCGAGGACGGCCUGGAGAGCAUCAACGACAUGUUCCACGAGAACUCCAUGAUGCAGACGGAGAACGCAAACCUGCGCGUGCGCGUGAAGGCCAUGCAGGAGACCAUCGAUGUCCAGAGGGCGCGUCUGACCCAACUCCUGAGCGACCAGGCCAAACACACGCUGGCCAACAUGGGUGAAGGGAGUGAGGAGAUUGGUAACAUGAUUCAGAACUACAUUAAAGAGAUUGAAGACCUCAGGGCGAAGCUGCUGGAGAGUGAAGCAGUGAAUGAGAACCUGAGGAAAAGCCUCUCGCGUGCCUCGAACCACUCUGCAUUCUAUGGAGGACCCGGAAGCUUCUCCUCCUCCGCCCUCCUGGGCCCGGGGCCAGACAAGGAGGCCUCUGACAUCAUUGAGCUCGCCAAGAAGGAUCUGGAGAAGCUCAGAAAGAAGGAGAAGAAGAAGAAGAAGAGGCUUCAGCACCUGCUGGAGGAAAGGAGGAGGAGGAGGAGGAGGAGAUGGAGGAGGAGGACAGCAAUGUUAAGGAAGAGAUGCCAGACAACGACCAAGAAAAAGGAUUGGAGAAGGAGCAGUCUGAGCCAGCCAAUGAGGAUGCUGCUGAAAUGGUAUGUGUCACCGGCGCCUACCUACAUUGUCUUUACUGAUUGGCUGUGGAGGAGAUGUUUGCUUGAUCAUCAUGUGCUUCAUCAGGGGCAACAGGAUGGGAGUGACCAUGAGGAGGGUGAGGAUGAGGAGGAGGACGACGACGAAGAGGAAGAUAUGGAUGGUGAAGAGAGCUCGGAUGACUCUGACUCUGAGCUGGAUGAGAAAGAUAACUUCCAGGCUGACCUGGCUAAUAUCACCUGUGAGAUCGCCAUCAAGCAGAAGCUGAUCGAUGAGCUGGAGAAUAGCCAGCGGCGGCUGUACACCCUCAAACAGCAGUAUGAGCAGAAGCUCAUGAUGCUUCAGAGCAGGAUCCGGGACACCGAGCUGGAGAGAGACCGCGUGCUGCACAACAUGGGCUCCGUGGAGACGUGCACAGAGGAGAAAGCCCGUAAGAUCAAAGUGGAGUAUGAGAAGAAGCUGGGUGUCAUGCACAAGGAGCUGCAGAAGCUUCAGGUCGGCCAGAAGGAGCACGCCCGGCUCCUGAGGAACCAGUCGCAGUACGAGAGGCAGCUCAAGAAACUCCAGUCUGAGGUGGUGGAGAUGAAGAAGGUCAAGGUGCGACUCAUGAGGCAGAUGAAGGAGCAGCAGGAGAAGAACCGGAUGUCGGAAUCCCGCAGGAACCGGGAGAUCGCCUCCCUGAAGAAGGACCAGAGGAAGCAGGAGCACCAGCUGAAGCUUCUGGAAGCCCAGAGGAGGCAGCAGGAGCUGAUUCUUCGCAGAAAGACUGAAGAGGUAACUUCUCUGAGACGGCAGAUGAGGCCUGUUUCCGGAAAGAUCAACCGUAGGGUCAACCCCCAAGACUCUCUCCAGGACUCUCGUCACAACACAGCAGUGCGCUCUUAUACAGGCUCUGCCCUGAACGGAACCAGGCUGUACCUGCGCAGGACAGCGGGGGUGUACUCCACUCGAGUGGCUCGGGGGAAGUGGCAGACCCUGGAGCGGCGCAUCUCUGAUGUCAUCAUGCAGCGCAUGACCAUCUCCAACAUGGAGGCAGACAUGAACCGGCUCCUGAAGCAACGUGAAGAGCUGACCAAGCGGCGGGAGAAGGUGUGCAGAAAGAGGGACCGGCUGUCGCUGUCGUCGCCCGAGGGGGCCGAGGCCGAGAAGGCCGUCCAAUCCCUGAGCGAGGAGCUGGAGUCGCUGGGGGCCAACAUCGACUACAUCAACGACAGCAUCGCCGACUGCCAGGCCAACAUCAUGCAGAUGGAGGAGGCUAAGGAGGAAGGAGACACGGUGGAGAUUUCAGCGGUGAUCAGUUCUUGCACCCUGUCAGAAUCACGCUUCCUCAUGGAUCAUUUUAUGACCAUGGUCAUCAAUAAGGGCCUGCAGGCGGCCCAGAAAGAGUCUCAGAUCAAGGUGAUGGAGGGUCGUCUGAAGCAGACGGAGAUCAACAGCGCUACUCAGAACCAGCUGCUGUUCCAUAUGCUGAAGGAGAAGGCUGAGUUCAACCCCGAGCUGGACGCCCUGCUGGGGAACGCACUGCAAGAGCUAGGUAACAUGCCACUGGAGAACGGAGAUGACAGCAGUAGUGACGAAUCAACACAGAGUCCCUCAGCAGAUGGGAGCACUCUAUCCUCUGACCUCAUGAAGCUCUGUGGAGAGACCAAACCAAGGAGCAAGGCUCGCAGGAGAACCACCACACAGAUGGAGCUCCUGUAUGCCAACAGCAGUGAGUCCACCCCCGACUCAACCACCACUGGGGAGCUAUCUGGCGCUCUUCACCCAUUGGCUGAGACUCCGGAGGGUGCCGGAGAGCUGGACUCGAGCGUGGUCGUCUCCUCUGCCAGGGACAGGGACAGGGACAGGGACUUAAUGGCUCCUGCCUCGGGCUUCUCCUCUAAACUGGGUAGCAUUCCUGGCUACAGACCUCCAUCAGGGCCAGACAAAAGAGUUCCGGAACCUUCCCCACUCGCCCGGCGGAAGACUUAUGACAAGGGACAAGCCCUGACUGACAGGGUUAAGAGCAGCAAGGAGAUCAAACAAGGUGUAAUUGUCCCAGUGCCCGUACCAAAGAGCAGCCGCUCAGGAACCCUGCAGUGUGUGCACAUGGCCGAGGGCCACAGUAAGGCUGUCCUGUGUGUGGACUCCACGGAUGACCUCCUGUUCACCGGAUCCAAGGAUCGGACGUGUAAGGUGUGGAACCUGGUGACCGGACAGGAGAUCAUGUCUCUGGGCGGCCACCCCAACAACGUGGUGUCGGUGCGCUACAGCUCCAGCCUGGUGUUCACCGUCUCCACCUCCUACAUCAAAGUCUGGGACAUCCGGGACUCGGCCAAGUGCAUCCGCACGCUGACGUCCUCUGGUCAGGUCAGCACCAGUGAUGUCUGCGCAGGCAACACCAACAGAACCGUGUCCAUCCCCGCGGGGGAGAACCAGAUCAACCAGAUUGCCCUCAACCCCACGGGUUCCGUGCUCUACGCCGCCGCAGGGAACUCUGUGCGCAUGUGGGACCUGAGGAGGUUUGUGUCUACAGGAAAGCUUACCGGUCACUUAGGUCCAGUCAUGUGUCUGACAGUGGACCAGACUAGUAAUGCUCAGGACCUGGUCUUCAGUGGAUCUAAAGACCAUUACAUCAAGAUGUUUGAUGUGACGGAGGGCUCCCAGGGGAACCUCAGCCCCACACACAACUUCGAGCCGCCUCACUACGACGGCAUCGAGUCCCUGGUGGUGCGGGGGGACUGCCUCUUCAGCGGCUCCAGGGACAACGGCAUUAAGAAGUGGGAUCUGGCCCGGAAGGAUCUACUGCAGCAGGUGCCCAAUGCCCACCGGGACUGGGUGUGUGCCCUCGGCGUGGUGCCCGGGUCUCCAGCGCUGCUGAGUGGCUGCCGAGGGGGCGUGCUGAAGCUGUGGCACUCGGACACCCUGGCACCACUGGGUGAACUCAAGGGGCACGAGAGCCCCAUCAACGGCAUCUCCACCAACAGCAGCCUUCUGUUCACCGCCUCCGAUGAUCGGACUGUAAAGAUCUGGCGAGCAAGAGGGUCUCUGGAUGCCGCUUCAGAUGUGAUGGAAAACACAGACGAGGCUGCUGCCAGCUAGGAAGGAUGCCGCCGCCUCCUCUCCGUCACGGAGGGGGUGGGCAGAGGCCAGCGUGGCCAUUUGCACUUUGACCCCCAGCAGCAGCAGCUUCUGGAUCAUAUUUUACGCGUGUAUCACAUGACAUCCUCUUUUGUUGUGGUCAUGGAGCUGACCUCCAUACUAUGUAGUCUGAUCUCUUCACACAGAAAGGAGACUGCAGUUCUCAUUUCAUUUAAGACGUGGCUUCUUCUUCUGUUUUGCCCCCUUGGGUCUGUUCCACUCUGACUGUGCUACUGUAGCUCGUUUUCUCUAGCACGUUCAAAAGAAAAGCCUCAAUAUUGCUCCAUGGCACUGUCUGUAUUUGAGCUGAUGUUCACCGUGUCAAGCCCCACUUGUGAUGCAGUUGGGACUAAUGGGGAUGAGGAUGUGGACGAGUGGAUAGCCUGCAGCCGCUCAGAGCAGUCCCUCCCAGUCUGGACACUUAUGCGUUAGGGAUAUUUCAACAUGGAGGCAAGUUUGCAAGCAAUUGAAAAAUAGCUUUGUGGGAAUGGGGCUGGAUUCACCAUACCCUUAACAUGUGCCUCUGUGGUCUUGCGUUGUCGGUACCUACAGAUGCUUGCCAAAAGCUCUUUGUCAUCCAUGCCAUGAUCAAAAUGAUGCCGUAGAGUAGCGUAUUACCCCAAUCAACGGAAAGGUUUUCCUGUGUAGUGUCACCUAGCUUCUAGUUGUUCCCCCACACACACUGCACGUCCCUGUAGAACAUCGUCUCACUCUCACUUUGUGACUCACUGACUCGCUGUCAUUUGAAGUUGGCAUUACUCCGUGUUGGCAAACGUUCUCUCUCUCUCAUGUGAAUUAAUGUUUCUGCUGCUACAGUCUAACUCUAAACCUGCGACCUUAGAAGGCUCCCUUUUAGAAGGCAAGUUGGGUGGCCUUAACUCGAAGGCACACUGUACUGUAUGAACAAACGAAGGACAGAGGAGCAUUCCUGUGCCUGUACACCUAAUAAUGUAGAGCAGCCUUGAGCUUAAACCUGGUUCAUGUUAUAACUGCUGUGUGCACUAGCUGACAUCAUCGUCACUGGCUCUGUGUUUGUCUUUUAGAUGAGUACUGGAACUUUGCACCUGUGAACUUUUAAAACUGUUCAAAUAUAUGACUGAUGCUGUGUAUGCCUGUACUAACCAUAGGUCUUAAACAAUUUGCAGUCAAUUUGGAAUUCAUCAAGAAUUUAGACAUUCUGGCAACUGAUGAACCAGGUCUGGGAAAUGACCGUCACUGACUUGCACUGUAGGAGCACUCUAGUCUCUGUGUUCACAGUAGGGGUUGCUCUCUGUCCUGCAUAGAGCAAUCCUGUUUAGUGUGCAUAGAGUGGAUUUCAUGUAUGUAUUUAUGUAUGUCAGAAUCCUGAUUUUUUUCUGUUUUAGUAGGCAGUCCACAAAGUUGAACUCUAACAAUGUCAGUUACUUGAAUUAAAUGGCAUCUGUCAAAA